AUGGUUGAGUUGUAUGGUGGUAUUGAAAACUGUCCAUACACGGAAGGUGAUGCAAAAAAUUUGAGAGUGGAGUACCGUGCUGAGUAUCGAGGAAAGGACAUGAAAGCAACCCUUGAUCACUUUGAGGAACUGAAGAAAGAGGAUCCUGAUUUCAUUUACAGUUAUACCCUUGAUGAAUUUGAUAGGGUUGAGAAUCUAUUUUGGGUUGAUGGUGCAGCAAGGAAGUCAUAUGAGCUCUAUGGUAUUGACAGAAAUGGAAUAACUAUUCAGCUUGGUUGUGGCUUCAUGAGGAAUGAAAAAACAGAAGCUUUUGUGUGGUUGUUUACUGAGUUCAAGAAGGCUAUGGGUGACAGAGAUCCUAUUAAUAUUAUCACUGAUCAAGAUUUGGCGAUGGCGGCUGUGAUUGCUCAAGUUUUUACCACUUCAGUCCAUAGGAACUGUAGGUGGCACAUCAUGGAGAAUGCUAGGAAAAGAUUGGGGGCUUCCUUAGAUGGUAAACCAGGCUUGGCUGAUGAUUUCAAUGAUUGUGUUGACAAUAGCUUCUCAAUUGUAGAGUUUGAAUUCAAAUGGCAAGCUAUGCUGGAUAAACAUGAGAUCAAUGAUGAUGAAAGGUUCAAGCAUUUGUAUGAAAUGAGAAAUUGCUGGGUUCCGGCUUACUUCAUGAACAACUUCUUCCCCUUUCUGCAAACAACAGCACGGAGUGAAGGAUUCAAUGCUGUCCUGAAGCGAUAUGUGAACCCAAUGAAUUCAAUACUAAACUUUGUUCACCAGUACAAGAAAAUAUAG